AUGUCUUUUGCGUCAAAUGAUGGGGGUGUUCUCAAAUACACUGACAUUUCAUCAAUACCAAACAUUGUCAGCUCUCUUAACCAGUCAUUCCAUACUCGUGCGUUGGACUCAAUUGACCUUAGAAUCAAAAUUUUGACUGACUUGUAUAACGCCAUCCGGUCCCAUUCAGAAGAACUCUGUGAAGCUCUUUAUAAAGAUUUCCACAGAUCAAAAUUCGAAACAGCAACUCAUGAAAUCUCCCCAACGUUGGCUGAAUUGCAACAUGUCAUUUCAAACAUUAAGAAAUGGGCUAAGCCAAAAUCUGGUCCAUAUGCCCCGGCUUUACCAUUUUUGACUAUGGGAAAGAAGUUGGAGCGUAUUCCAUUGGGGGUUGUGCUCAUCAUCUCCGCAUUCAAUUAUCCGUUGUUUCUUUCAAUUUCCCCGGUAGUGGGUGCCAUUGCCGCUGGUAACUGUGUGGUCUUUAAGCCAUCCGAGAUAACUCCGCAUUUUAGUACUGUUCUCACCAAGCUUCUUGAAUCCACUGUAUCACCAGACUACUUGAGGGUUGUCAAUGGGGCCAUCCCAGAAACUACCAGCUUGUUGGAACAAAAAUUCGACAAAAUAUUGUAUACUGGGUCUGGCCGCGUUGGUAAAAUCGUCAGCCAAGCUGCUGCUAGACAUUUGACUCCGGUGGUCCUUGAGCUUGGAGGUAAAUCGCCUGCAAUAAUCUCCAAAUCUCUUAGCAAUUCAGAGUUGAAGAUUGCUAUCAAGAGAAUUAUCUGGGCCAAGUUUGCAAAUGCCGGUCAAAUUUGUGUUACGGUAGACUAUCUUCUUAUUGAUGAAGUGGUUUAUGAUGAAGCAAUUAAGUGCAUUCAGGAAACUGUCAAGGAAUUCUUCUCGAAAUUGGAUUCUAGUAGUGAAGGAUACACCCACAUUGCUAGUCAAAGAGGUUAUGACCGUUUGGUUUCCCUUAUGGGGUCCACCAAGGGUGACAUUUUAGUUGGGGGAGUAACCGACGAAACCAAACGAUUCAUUUAUCCAACAAUUUAUACUGGCAUCACUUGGGAUGAUUCACUUAUGGAAGAUGAAAUAUUUGGUCCGCUACUUCCAAUCAUCAAAUUCUCUGACAUUAAUCACACCAUCAGCGACAUCAUUUCUAACCACGACACCCCACUAGCCGCUUACAUUUUUUCUCAGGACUCAAGUGAAAUCAACCUUAUGCAAACAAGAGUUCGUAGUGGUGGACUUUUCAUCAAUGACUGCAUGAUCCAUGUUGGUAAUAUUGCUGCUCCAUUUGGUGGGAUUGGGAAAUCUGGCCAUGGUACAUAUCAUGGAGAAUCUUCAUUCAAGACCUUCAGUCAUGAAAGAAUGGUUUUGCGUAAUCAAUACUGGUCAGAAAAAUUAUAUGAACUGAGAUAUCCUCCUUACAAAAAUACCAAUAAAAAGUUGUUGUCGUUUGUAUUUUUGCCAAUUGAGGAUUUGGAAACAAAGAGAAAUAUCAAGUAUGGGUUGAUAGGAUUAAUGUUCUUAUUGGUCUCCAUUGCUACUAAUAUGGCAAACUCAUGGGUUAGGGAAGGUAAUUUGCCCUUUGGUCAGUGA